CUCGUCAUUUCCGCUCGUUAUGUAAACAGUGAAGAUGGCGGCCUCCCGUGUUGGGCGCGCUGUCCUCAGUCGGAUUCUGAGAAGGCUCAGGUUCUCAGAGGGAAACGUGAGACGGAUCUCAGCAGGAAGGUCAGUUUGUGUCCGACUCACCCGAACAACAGGUGAGAAACAGGUGCAGGAGACCGCACCGAGUGCCAAGGACAGGCUCACAGGUAUAGACCACAGGCGAAAAGAGAGACAGGCAUACAGUCACAGAGACAGGCAGCAGGCCGGCGGCUCGGUGACGCAGUCUGUGGAGGAGAAGAGCUCGGCCUGCUGGGAAAGGGUGGACUCACACGAGUCCAGCAGAAGAAACGUCCACAGCACACAGAGUGGAGGACGACGAGGAGUCCUGCUGUGGGCGGCAGUCGCUUUCUCCCUGUUCAGCAGUUCUGAUGAAGACCAGCAAGACGAAGCUCGGAGGAAAGAAGACGAGAUGAUCCUGCUGCUGAAGAAGGCCAAGCUCAGUGUGCAUCGGGGACAGCUGCAGGCAGCCUCUGGUUUCCUCCAUCAGGCUGUCGUUUUGGCUCAUCAGACCAACAACCACCAGGCCAUCAUCUACACCUACAGUCUGAUGGCGAAUCUUGCUUACGUUCAGGGUCACCUGGACAACGCAGAAAAACUCUUCAAAGCUGCCAUGAGCUUCAUGCUGUCAGGAGGAACACUGGAGGACGACAACGCCAUCAUUGAGAUGUCCCUAAAACUCGCCACCAUCUACGCUGAACAGAACAAGGCGGAGCUUGCAGAGCACGGUUUCAGGUUCUGUAUGGAGUCUCUGGAGGCCAAGCUGGAGAAACAGGGGAAGGUCCCUGAAGAGCAGCAGACAGAGGAGCAGGAGGCUCUGAGGAAGGAGACCCGCCUACUGCUUGGUCUCUGUUUGGAUUCGCGGGCUCGAUACCGAGCAUCAGCGCUGCGCCUGAACCAGGCUGAACAGGACUACCAGACAGCCCUGAACAUCUGCCGCCAGGAGCAGGGAGACGCACACCCACAGGUAGGACAACAGACUCUGGUCCUCAUGAGCGACCUGGCCACCAUCUUGGAUCUGCAGGGCCGCCAUGAUGAAGCCCUGGUGCUGGUCCAACAGGCUGUCAAUCUUAGCCGCUCUGCUGGACACCCAGACCAGCACGUGCUGCUGGGAAACAUGGCCGGCAUCCUGCUGCACAAAGGCCUGCUGGAGGACUCGAUGCGUUUCUACCAGGAAGCUCUGUGUCUGGCUCAGCAGGCCAGAGACCAGGAGGCCGUGGAGAAGAUCCAAGAGGGACUGAAGGAGGUGAAGAAGAGAAGGAACCAGGAGAGGAAGGAGGAAGAAGAAGCGCAGAAAUGAUGAACUCGUGUUGUGUGUUUGGUUUCUGAUGAUGAUGUGAGUCCAUCAGUGACCUCCCGCAGCACCUCCACCAAGACCUCGAUCAUGCUCGCACUCUCCACAGGAUGAACCCUCAUUUAUGAACUGGUUUGUGUGUCAGACUUCAGUGUUGUGAGUUGUGUGUUCAGGCUGAAAUAAAUCAGAAAUCCUCUAUUGUG